AUGGCUGCCGGAGGAGGGGCGCAGCAGCAGCAGUACUACGGCGGAGCCAGGUACAAGGACCCGAGGCAGCCGCUGAACCGUCGGAUCGACGACCUGCUGGGGCGCAUGACGCUCGCGGAGAAGAUCGGGCAGAUGUCACAGAUCGAGCGCGAGAACGCCACCGCCGACGGCGUCCGUGGCUACUUCGUAGGGAGUGUGCUCAGCGGCGGAGGCAGCGUGCCGGCGCCCCAGGCUCCGGCGGAGGCAUGGGUCGACAUGGUCAACGGGAUGCAGCGGGUGGCCACGUCCACACGCCUCGGGAUCCCCAUGCUCUACGGCAUCGAUGCCGUCCACGGCCACGGCAACAUUUACGAGGCCGCCGUCUUCCCGCACAACGUCGGCCUUGGCUGCACCAGAGACCCAGAGCUGGUAAAGAAGAUUGGAGCAGCAGUGGCACUGGAGGUCAGGGCCACCGGAAUCACUUACGUGUUCGCCCCAUGCGUUGCGGUGUGCAGGGACCCGAGGUGGGGCCGGUGCUACGAGAGCUUCAGCGAGGACCCCAAGGUGGUGCAGGCGAUGACGUCCAUCAUCCCCGGGCUGCAGGGCGAGAUCCCCGCCAGCGGCCGCCGGGGCACGCCGUUCGUCGCCGGGCAGCGCAACGUGGCGGCGUGCUCCAAGCACUACGUCGGCGACGGCGGCACGACGAGGGGCAUCAACGAGAACAACACGGUGGCCAGCUUCCACGACCUGCUCAGCGCCCACAUGCCGCCCUACUACAGCGCCGUCAUCCAGGGGGUCUCCACCGUCAUGGUCUCCUUCUCCAGCUGGAACGGGGUCAAGAUGCACGCCAGCCGCUUCCUCAUCACAGACUUCCUCAAGAACAGGCUUCGCUUCAGGGGUUUUGUAAUCUCGGAUUGGCGAGGACUGGACAAGAUGACGAGCCCUGAACACGCGGACUACAUGAUGUCCGUCCAGCUGGGGAUCCUUGCCGGCAUUGACAUGGUCAUGAUCCCGUACACAUACACCGAGUUCAUCGACGACCUGACGGCGCUGGUGCAGAACGGCACCAUCCCGAUGAGCCGGAUCGACGACGCCGUGCGCCGGAUCCUCCGCGUUAAGUUCACCAUGGGCCUCUUCGAGAACCCCUACGGAGACGCCAGCCUGGGCGGCGAGCUGGGGAAGCAGGAGCACCGGGAGCUGGCGCGGGAGGCCGUGCGCAGGUCCCUCGUCCUGCUCAAGGACGGCGACAAGCCGCUGCUGCCGCUGCCAAAGAAGGCCCGCGGCAACAUCCUCGUCGCCGGCAGCCACGCGCACAACCUCGGCUACCAGUGCGGCGGCUGGACCAUCACCUGGCAGGGCCUCGGCGGGAACAACCUCACCACUGGGACCACGAUUCUCGACGGCAUCAGGCGCGCCGUGGACCGCGGCACCGACGUUGUCUACUCCGAGAGCCCCGACGCCGGCUUCGUCCAGCAGAACAAGGGGCGGUUCGACUACGCCGUCGUCGUCGUCGUCGAGCCGCCGUACGCCGAGUCGUUCGGGGACAACCUCAACCUGACCAUCCCGGCGCCCGGGCCCAGCGUCAUCCGGGACGUGUGCGGCAGCAUCAGGUGCGCCGUGGUCCUCGUGUCCGGGCGGCCGCUGGGCGUCAGCGACGUGCUGUUCGGCGACUACGGGUUCACGGGGAAGCUGGCCAGGACGUGGUUCCGGUCGGUGGAGCAGCUGCCCAUGAACGUCGGCGACGCGCACUACGAUCCCCUGUUCCCGUUCCGGUUCGGGCUCACCACACAGCCAACACAGCUUUGA